UUCUUCGUCUUUCGCCCUGCCCAGUGCAGUGCCCAGUGCGCACGUUCCCCCACGUCCACGCGGAGUUUGCCUGGAGCCUGUUGGCGCUUUUGGAGGAUUACGACAUGCGUUUGGCGAAGGUUUCAACAGUUGCCCUGCAGCAGAAGCACACACAGGGAUAAAAGAGCUCGGGCGUUCUGGGAAUACUGGACUGAGGUCCCUACGGCGCCGCGAGGAGGAGGAAGAGGAGGAAGAGGAAGAGGAGGAGGAGGAGGAGGGUGAUCUCGCUCCCACACGGAUCCGAGGUCAAUGCUACUGGUUGGAACGACCCCUUCCCCGCACCGGGAGCCAUGAACAACAGCGGGUCCGCCAACUUUCUGCUGCUGCCCAUUCCCGAGUACCCGCUGCCGGACUGCGUGCCCAACAAGACGGUGAAGAUCGUGGUGCUGGGGGCCAGCAACGUCGGCAAAACUGCUCUCAUCGUCAGGUUUCUGACAAAACGCUUUAUUGGAGACUAUGAAGCCAACACAGGUGCGCUCUACUCCAGAAAGGUCACCCUAGACGGUGAAGAGGUGUCACUUCAGAUCCAGGACACGCCCUGCGUAGCUCUGCAGGACGACGCAGAGGGCCUCUAUUGCCAGGAGCAAAUCAACAGGUCCAUCUACUGGGCCGAUGGCUACGUGCUGGUUUUCUCCAUCACGGACCACAGUAGCUAUCGCACCAUCCGCCCACUGUACCAGCACGUCAGACGCAUCCACCCGUCGGGAAACAUCCCUGUCAUACUGAUCGGCAACAAGAGUGACCUGCUACGAGCGCGACAAGUGCCGGCAGACGAAGGCGAGACGUUAGCGUCCUCUCUAGGGGGCGUUUACUUCGAGGCCUCAGCAAGGGAGAACCACGAGGGCGUCCACACUGCCUUCCUGCAGCUGUGUCAUGAGGUGUCCCGGGCGUUGGGGGGAGGCAACGGCGAGAAACGGCGAGGAGGUCUCCACCUAGCCCGGCCCAAAUCUCCCAACAUGCAGGAGCUUAAGAGGAGGUUCAGGCAGGUCCUCUCCUCUAAAGUCAAAUCAGCAACUGCUCUCUGAAAGCAGAGAAGAAGCCACAAUGCCACGGAGACGAUCCCAGGACACCUUUUUCUGUUUUUUAUAAAGAGCACAAUCUGUCGGCAUCAGGCGGCGAGGAUCGAUAUUCACGUGAACUUUCCACGUGAACUUUGAGCUGUGAGCUCACGGUCCCGGUCUGCAAGGAUGAGAAUUUUCUUCAAAUGUUCACAUUCACUGUCGUCUUUUUGACUCGUUGAAAACAAAUGAAGCACAAUUGUAUUUG